UGCUGUGGUUCCAUAUGUAGUCACUUGUUCUGUAAGAAGAGCUCAGUAUGAGGCUCUCAGAAGAUGAGCAGAGCCUUGUCUUACUCCUGUUCAUUGACUUCUGAUCUCUGUUCUACAUCCAGGAAGACUCAAUGGCCAUAACACUGCAGAGGGCAACCAAACAGAGCUGUGUUUACUCUCCAGCUCCAACACAGUUGUGCAGUAGACUAUGUAUAUAUGUAUAUGCAGUAUGUAUGGCACGGCCAAGAGUAAAAUCAGGGACCAAGCUGUCGUCCUGAAGGAUGUGAUUCACGUUCUCGCACGGUUCUGGUCUCCAAGGCUGAAGCUAACCUAGGGAAAUAAACAGUUCCUGGGAACAUUCCUGAUCUGGAAUGCUGUCAUCCACAUUUCAUUAAUCAUUGUUAGCAUGUUCCCUGGCAAGGCUUUAACAUGGAGCAACCAGCGUUGCCCCAUGCAAUGUCUGGAAGAAAAACAGAGGAGAUAGCACAAUGGAAGGACUCACAACAGGCACUGUUGUUGUUUGCCUCUUGGCCUCCAUGCUGGACAUGGUCCUGGAUACAGUCCUGGACACGUUUAGUAUAGUGAUAUGGUUGUAGCUUCAUUUCUACUCUGUACUGCUGGAUACAGGACUCCUUUAUUGCUGUUUUCUGCCUUGCCGUACCCAAGCACUGCUUUCCACGCUGCAGUCGUGUUGCUUCCAUGUGUUGGCCAUCCAGGGUGACCCCACCAUCCUCAGUCUCCCAUCUAUGCCUCUGAGGAAAUGCCAGCCAUGACAGUCCUACACCUCACACAUCUGCAUCAGCCAUACCUGAGGCCAGGAUGGUAACUUCCCAACUAUCUGCCUCAAUGGGCCACCAGCAACCCUCUAAAUGCCAAGCAGGCCAUUAUGCACCCUUAUCCAUCAUCACACUUCUCCAUCAAACAACUCCUGCCAGUGGUGGACCACAUCCUGUGGCCUUGCAGGUCAUCUUUCUGCUGUCAGUGAGGAGAUUUGGAUCCCUGGACCAGGUGACAUCUUUUCAGCUCUGUGUCAGAGAGAUGUUCACGCCAUCAGUCCUUGGAAGUGAGGGGAUGAAGUGAGUCAGGCACAUUUCUUUGUUUAAAUAGUAAAGAAUGAAGUAAAAAAUGAACCUUGAUAAUCAUACUGAAGAGUAACACAAUUGUUUUCCUCUUCUUUUUACAAGGGCCUGUGGAGGCAGGACAAGGGGAAUGGCUUUAACCUGCCAGAGGGGUGACUGAGCUGAGCUCUUAGGCAGAAGCUCUUCCCUGUGAGGGUGCUGAGGCGCUGGCACAGGGUGCCCAGAGAAGCUGUGGCUGCCCCAUCCCUGGCAGUGUUCAAGGCCAGGUUGGACACAGGGGCUUGGAGCACCCUGCUCUAGUGGAAGGUGUCCCUGCCCAUGGCAGGGGUUGGAGGUGGGUGAUCAUAAGGUCCUUUCCAACCCAAACCAUUCCAUGAUUCUAUGAUUCUUCCUCAAAAAGCAGUCAAAUCUGCUUAAAGCCAAACUGCUUUAUCAGCACAAUCUUUGCCAGGUUGCUCCUGGCCACUGAGCCUUGGCUUCCCAGGCUGAUUCCCAAAGUGUCACCCCUACAGGAGGACACCACACAUUGAAUCACUCCGGGCAAUCCUUAUUCUCUGGAAUAGAUCUAUCUCUUCAUUCCCUGCCUUGUGACUUCUGGGAGCACUGACACACCUUCUCUGGCAUCCCCAGUGACAUGCAGUGCCUGGGUCUGGCAGGAUUUCAUCUCUUGGGCAAGAGAUGUGGCUUAUCCUCUCCACACCCUGAAGUUAUAUGUCUGUUGGAGAGGAAUGGCGAGUGCUCGUGGGGUUAUCAGGGCUGACUUCAUCGUCCGGUUGAUCCUGCUCUAUGUCACCUGUAUUGGGAGACCUAUUCUGGUGUCAGAAACCUCAAAAAUAGCUGCAAAUCAGUCAAAAAAGCUCACUUAAAUAACCUCCCCCCUUCUUUUUAUCUUGAAAAGCAAGAUGCUUUGGGUUUCGGUGUCCCUUUGAACUUCCUCUCUCUGUCUAUGGCAUCGUUGUGAUGUGUAAUGAUGAGUCCCAUCACAUGCUUUAGAUGUCUUUUAUGAGCAUGACCUCUGCUUCAGGGUUGCUUACUCAUCUGACUGAUCUCCUGCCUAAAAACUAAUGUUGUCCCCGAGUCAUUUUAGCCCUUCCCUCAUCCAUCUAAUCUUUCUUCCACAUGUUUUCCUAGCCUCUGCCUCUUCUUCUGCUUCUCCAUCUUCUAAACCCCAAGCAGUGUAGCUAUAGUUGGGUCUCUGUUCUCUUCCAGCAGACCAAGUCUUACAGGGUGGAGAAGGAAGGGGCAAGCAGAGAGUUGAUUGCCCAAGUGGCUUUAUUCAAAGGAGCUGAUCCUACUUCAUCCUCUCCACUCCUUGGUGGCUUGUUGAGUGGUGACUCAUGGAGAUGUCUGCUGAUACCCAGCACUAAACCUCCUCCUAACUCUUUCCUUGGAAGUAGAAGCAGGACAGGCACUUAAACAGGGGCCCCAGAAGGGCUGAAAUUACCAGCUCCAGCUCCACCUAAACUAUAAGCAUGCAGAGAAAUCACACAGGCUUAGAACAUUAUAUCUGAUUGGACUUGGAAUCGGAUGCUCCAUGCAGAAAGGCAUUUCUAUCCUUUUCUCAGAUACAGUGAAGAAAAGCUGUUGCAAAGCCAGAAACCAACCUCCAGUGUCCCAGCCUCUGCAUUUGAACACUAAAGCCAUUGCCUUCUUGCAGCAGCACCUCUGAAAACCAGGACAUGGAGCAUUUAGGACUUUGUAGGUAACCAGCAGCUUUUAUAGGCUAUCAGGAAUUUCUGAGGCAUUUCCUGUUUAUCUUGCCAGCCAUGAAUAUAUGAGAUCUAACCCGACUGUAGAUAUUGGGACUUCUCCAGGUCUAACCCUGGAGAAACACUUGGCAAUAAUCCACAUAGAUGAAGCCACUAAUUUACUCGGUACCAUUUUGCUUUGAGUAGCUUCCUUCACCGAACUACCUGGCCACAGAUGCGAUGAUCAGAUUGGAGCUGAACAGUACAAAAACCCCACUCAGACAUCAGGAGCACUGCUAGCCUGACCAUAGGUAAAUUAAAGUAUUAAAAGCAAUAAAUGGAAUGAAUCGCUUUAGUGCUUUCACUCCUCUUUGGACCGAUCAGAACAGCCUGAAGGCAAUACCAUGGUGAGAAAACAGCCCACGUGCAUUCCUGGCCUCUCAAUAAUGCGUGAUCCCUGCCCACUGUUUCCAAAUCAUUGUCUUCAUCAUCACUCUGUCCAAAGGCAGGGAAGAUAAAUAUCCUGUCCUCAGGUGAGGGUGCUUUUCCUGAGCUCUGGAGACUACUCAGAGAAGAUGAAGGCCUCUCUCCUUGCUGUGCUGGCUUUGAUCCUAUGUGCAGGUCAAGCAACUGGUCUGUAUUGCUACACCUGCGAGUGGGAGCAAAGCAACUGGAGGUGUCUGAAGGCCAAUAAGUGCUCAGACAAGGAUGAGUACUGUGUGACCAAUGUUGCCUCUGUAGGAGUUGGCUUUUUGUCUUUAUGGAAGAGGAUCACCAAGAAGUGCUCCGAGACCUGCCCACGCCACAACUUCCAGCUGGGCCUGGCUACCUACACCUCCUAUUGCUGCCAAUCCUUCUUGUGCAACCUGAGUGCGUGCCCAGGACCCAGGCUAGCUAAGGACUGAGGUGGUUUGGAGUCCCAUGCCGGUGUCCUUCUUCACCUGCUCAGUGGUGGUGGAAUGAAGCGGCUCCUGAAGGCUUGAAGUGCAUGGUCAGAUCCCCCCAGGAAGGUAUGGACAUUAAACACAUUGCAGAAUAGAUAAAGUAUUAUGGUCACCAACUCUUCCCUGUGUUGCUUCCCAACCUGUAGGUUCUCACUUGCUUCUCUUGCUUGAGCUCUGUUGCCCUGGCAGCUUGAUGGAGAAGUGACCAUGUUAUGUCCUGCAGGCUGGGGGAGAGAGAUGCUGCUUCUGCUUGUCCUGCAGAUCCCUAUAGGGGUUUCUCCUGCAAUCUUCCUUAUUUUGGGUGCAUUUGGGAGUCACACAGAGGGGUGGGCAAAAAUAACAACCCCUCUGCACCAGCUCUGAAGGGAAACUGCAAACUCACAGGGUUGCUGCUGGGGAAGAGGAAAAGGCUGUCCUGUAUAUAGAAACUUGAGCUUUUAC